GCCAAGUCAAAUUUUGUUGAAUGUAUAUAGCUUUUUUUGGGAGUGUAGAAUUUUACGUAAUGGUUAUAAACUAUAAUAUAAGUACAGUUUUAAGAUAUCAGUUUAAAUUUCGGUUAAAGCAAUAUUUCCCAUUUAUGAUUAGAAAUUCGAAAUGGUUUGGUUAUAUGGUGAGGAGAAGAAAAAUCAUCUUCUUUAUGAAUUCAAAUGAAGGAAGAAGAAGAGAAAAAUCAGGCUUUGAUCAACCAUGCAAUGAAGCAGGUAGAGACUUCUUUGAAUGCGGUGGAAGCAAUCACAUAAUGUAUAUAUAUACAUACAAACUCGAACGCAGAGAGCUACGAGAGAAACAAUAUCAAAUCUUCAAUAAUCUUGAGAAGAUAAUAUAUAAACAAAAUGGGAAGAUCACCGUGUUGCGAUCAAGACAAAGGCGUGAAGAAAGGACCGUGGAUGCCCGAAGAAGAUGAUAAGCUCACGGCUUAUAUAGAUAAGAAUGGUUAUGGGAAUUGGCGAUCGCUUCCUAAGCUCGCUGGACUUAACCGCUGCGGCAAGAGCUGUCGUCUCCGGUGGAUGAAUUAUCUCCGGCCUGAUAUCCGGCGAGGCGAGUUCUCCGAUGAAGAAGAGAGUACCAUCGUUAAACUACAUGCCCUUCUUGGCAACAAAUGGUCCAAGAUUGCGAGUCAUCUUCCAGGAAGAACUGAUAACGAAAUCAAAAAUUAUUGGAACACUCAUAUGAGGAAGAAGUUGUUGCAAAUGGGGAUUGAUCCAACCACGCACGAGCCAAGAACCAACGAUCUUAGCUCUAUCCUCGAUGUUUCUCAAAUACUCGCGGCAGCGACUAGCAAUGGCCAAUUUAACAGUAACAUCUUCAACAACAACACUGCUUUGCAAGAUCUUCUCAAACUCCAAUUGAUCCAUAAGAUGCUUCAAAUCAUAACCCCCAAAGCAAUACCAAACAUCAAUGGCUUCAAUGCCAGCUCACUGAAUCCUAAACCGGAACCGGUACUCAAUAGCUUCAACACCAAUUCAGUGAAUCCUAAACCGGAGCCGGCGGCUGGAGAAUUAAAUGCUAUUGAUCCACAGGUUUUCAUAAACCAAAGUACAAAUGAAGAUUUCAUGCCAUCGUUCGAAGAUAAUUGGGAUGGUUUUGAAAAUAACCAGCUUCCUGGUUUAGUUACGGUUUCUCAGGAGGAUCUGAAUUCAGCAAAACCGGGUACGAGUACUGCCACUGAGGUAACUGAUCAAACCAGAGCCGGUAUGAUCCUGGGUUAUUAUGGUGAUCAAAUUCCAUCUUCUGGUUCGGUAUCGGUUACUCCUGAGACAUCCGAUAUGAACCACCCUGGUACGACUCAACACUCCUCCGGUUCAGAUGUCCUAGAGGACUGGGAGAGGUUCCUUGAUGAUGAAACAAGUGAUUCUUGCUGGAAAAGUUUCUUAGACUUAACGUCGCCCACAUCGUCACCCAGCCCGUGGUAGAACUGGAUUUUUGUUCAAGUCCUAUACUUAUAGUUUUGAAGAAAAAGCACACACAAAAUGUUCGAUUAAUAUUUUAAUUUUUUGUAAUAAAAUUAUUGAUUUAUAUAUGUUUGUAUUUUUUUUUUGUUAAAUAUGAUUUAUACAAUUUGUAUUUAAAGGAAUGUUAGUAUUUCUAUAAUUUUAAUUUGUUUGUUUGAUGUGAAAAGAAACACAUUGUAAUCACUUUUCUAUACAUUUAAUAAGAAUAUUCUGAAUCAGU